CUCACACCUCACUUCUUUGUUCCUCCCUUCUUUUGUACUGCCUCCUGUCAAAGACAACUCACUUAAAUAGAAGGUCGUGUUGUGUUUCUCUUUCAGUUUAAUUUUCUGAUGUACGAAGAAAACUUAAGCUUCAGUACAUCUAACACAGGGUUUGGCUGAGACUUUGCUGUAAUGGCUCGCUUUGGUCUCUGGGUUGCAGCAUUGGGCCUGGUUUGCCUCAUUGCUGCGGUCACCUCAGAAGGAGCUCCAGAUAAUUCGGGUGAGAAUGUUUGUGCCCAGUACUUCGAUGAAGGCACCACCAUGACUAUUGCACGGGUCUUUGACAUGAUCGGAAUCAGGUUCAGGGAUUAUGUUCCAGACUUCGGCACAGAGAAGAUACGGGAGUACAUGCUGUUCGCUGACAGUAACAGGGAUGACCGUCUCAACCAAGAGGAAUGUGAAAAUCUCAUCCAGUACAUCAAGCAAAGGGCUCCAGCCAACCCAAAAAAGUAGCCUAGCAGUUUGGAGGUCAUAAAACUAGCAGAUGGCUCCUUUCUUUUAGUAGAUUUUAACUACCGAAAUACUUUUACUAGUUUACUUUACUUGAAAUCAGCUUGUUAUUGAAUAUAUAUAGAUAUAUAGAUACUAGAUACUAGAUAUAUUGUACAAAAAUCGAAAUAAAUCGUAGGAGUUUAUUGAAAAUGGGAACACUUGAACUGGGUGUUUAGUGAAGUAAAGAUUUGCAUUUGUAUGGAA